CAGCGGUUGCUGCUGCGGCGGAUCCCUCGGCAUUGCCCGCCGCUCCCCGGGCAGCCCAGGGCCGGCGAGCCGCUCCUCAAAGUCGCCGAGCGCGAGGAGGCGGAGCGCCCGCAAAGUGAUCGGGCUCCGCGCCGGGGGUGGGCAGGGAGAGGUGUGCCCGGGGAGCCUGGAUUCCGCCGUCCUCUGCCUCGCGUGGAACGGCCGGUGCACAGGGGGGCGAGCUGACGCCUCAGAAAGAGAAAUAAAAAUGCAGCCUCCCCAAAGACGCUAAGUUACGCAGUCGAGCCAGUGCCCCGAGAGCGUCCGCCGGCGCGCGGAGAACCUCGCCGCGCCGCGCCGCAGAGCCCUCCGGGCCGGCCGGCUAGGAGCGGGGCGCCAUCCUAGAGGCAGCGGCCCCUGGGCACAGGUUUCGGCCUGGAGUGCGUCCCGGUACGGAGAGGGGGCGUGCAAGGCUCCGCCGGCCCUCCCGCAGCCCGCGCCCAACUGGGGCGCCCCAUCCGUCCUACUCCGGGAGCGAUGCCCCCCGUCCCUCGGGGCCCCCGGGAACGCCGCGAGCAUGGAGAAGUCGAGUAGUGAGGAUUCUUCGAUCCACCGGAGUCCAUCUUUGGACAGCAAGGACUCGGACUUUGCCAAGCCGUCCAGCUCGGGCCGCCCGUUCGGCCGCGGCUUCACGGCCGGCGCCUUCUACGGCACCGCGGGCUCCCGGGGCCAGAGCCGCGCCGAGGCCGGCGUUAAGACCGACAAGUACAAUGCACCCAAAGGCAGCAAGUACGUGGUGUUUUACCUGGACCUGUCCUUUGUUUUCCUCCUAGAAUUUAAGAAGUGCAACAUGGCCCGGGGCUGCCUCUGCUGCUUGAAGUACAUGAUGUUCCUCUUCAAUCUAAUAUUUUGGCUCUGUGGAUGCGGGCUGCUUGGAGUGGGCAUCUGGCUCUCCGUGUCCCAAGGCAACUUUGCCACCUUCUCCCCCAGCUUCCCCUCACUGUCCGCAGCCAACCUGGUCAUCGCCAUAGGCACCAUUGUCAUGGUGACGGGCUUUCUCGGCUGCCUGGGGGCCAUCAAGGAGAACAAGUGCCUCCUCCUCAGUUUUUUCAUCGUCUUAUUGGUCAUCCUCCUAGCAGAGCUGAUCUUACUUAUCCUGUUCUUUGUCUACAUGGACAAGGUGAACGAGAACGCCAAGAAGGACCUGAAGGAGGGCCUGCUGCUGUACAACACGGAGGACAAUGUGGGGCUCAAGAAUGCCUGGAACAUCAUCCAGGCCGAGAUGCGCUGCUGCGGCGUCACCGACUACACAGACUGGUACCCGGUGCUGGGGGAGAACACGGUUCCUGACCGCUGCUGCAUGGAGAACUCCCAGGGCUGCGGGCGCAAUGCCACCACCCACUUGUGGACAACGGGCUGCUAUGAAAAGGUGAAGAUGUGGUUUGACGAUAAUAAGCAUGUGCUCGGCACAGUGGGAAUGUGCAUCCUGAUCAUACAGAUUCUGGGCAUGGCCUUCUCCAUGACCCUCUUCCAGCACAUACACCGGACAGGGAAAAAGUAUGACGCGUGAGAGGCUGGCCGGGAGCUGCGGCCCCACCCGGACACUGUGCGUGGAGGAAGAUUUAAGCUUUGUGUCGCCUGCCCGCACUCUUCAGACUGCUGACCCUGCACCCCGCUGCCCCAGCCUGCCCUCCCCUGCCCACCCAGCCUUGCCUCAGACUCCCUGGGGCGGAAGGCUGGUGAGGAAGAGGCUUGCAGAGACAUGGGGGAGCUGGGGCUGCCUGGACUCCUGCAUCUGCAUCUUUACCAAUGAAGACCGGGUGGGUGGGGACAUGCUUGCCAAGGAAAAGCUCCUGGCACCGAUGCGACUCUGCCCGCCUACCCUUCCUCACACUGACACUUUGUGCUCACAUGGGGUGGGGAGCAGGAGCGCCCCUUCUCGUGGAGAGACUGCCCUGGCGGAGGCCACUGCCCUCCAUGGCCAGCCCUGGGAACCUGGAGGAGCUGGCAGACAUGGGAUGGGGGUCCGACUGCCUCCAGGCAGGGCCCAUGGGGCCUCUCACCCAGGCUUUUUAUACCUUCCAGUGUAACUUUUUUAUUUUACUCCGAUUAUGAUUAUUCAGGAAUAUUAUCUCUCAGAUAAGUUUAGGGUUAGCUUUUGGAUUUAUAACUUUCUACUGCGUUGAUUUCUUUAACGGUUUGAUUUUUUUUUUCUCCGUGGGUGAGGGACGGGUGGGGAGAGAGGACGUUGGUCCAGUUUCAAUCAGGAUGAACCACUGUGUGGCACUCAGGAGGCUCUGGGAGCAGCUGCGCCUGGCCUUGGCUCUAGGCACAUUGAGGGGGCAGCACGUGUUGGACGGAGGGCCCAGGCCAGGGUGCGGGGUCUGCUGAGUCAGCUCCCUCUGACCCCGGCGUCCAGGGCUCCACACUGCAUGUGGCCAGGGAGCCUGGGAGAGGUGGUGAGACAGAGGGACCUGGAGCCAGAGUGAAAGGCUCCUGCACAAGAGCAAAGGCGUUUGGUCACUGAGGGUGAGGCCAGAGCAGUGGGGGGCAGGCAUGAGUCCCUGGGGGUAGCUCAGCGCUUUGCCAGGAACGUGGUGGUCAGAGCUGAUGUGGGUCUGUACACUUUUCACUGCUGGGUGUGUUUCCCCUUGGUCCUUCCCCCUGCCCUCUGCCGGUGAGGGAGGCUUCCCCUUCCCCCCUGCAGGCCUUCCCGCAACAGGUUCUGCAAACCCCAGAUCCUUUCACAGACAUUCCUGCUAGCAACUCUCCAACAAAUACCUCUCUAGUUCAGAUGCUGCUCAUUUUUCUCAUGUUUGCUUCUGGAAGGGGAAGCAGUCCUUACCUUUGGCUGCUCACACACUGACAAAGGACCCAUGACCACUAGGAGCUGGAGGUGGAACCAGUGCCCAUGCUGGCCCUGGCCAGGUGCACUCGGCCUGCUGAUCCCUGCUGGGAGGGAGGAGGACUAGGUCCACUCAGGCCCCAGUAUCCUCUUUGCCUUCCUGGGUCACAGCGAGGAAGUCAGUGGCUGGGUCUGCCUCCAGGGUAAUAGGUGGUGAUCAUGUCCCAUGUGAUUUCUGAGGAUAAAUGAUGGAAAACUUGAGAGUGGUCAGGCUGGAUUUUGUUACAAUUACCCCAGGAAGGAAGAACCCAAAGUCGUGGCAUGUGCAGACUGUGUGUGUGAAAUGGACGGGCACGGUGGUCAGUGCAGCAGGAUGUCCCCACCAGAGCUGAUGCUGGCCCAGGGUAAUGUUUUGUAGUUAAACACAAGAGUCCAGGACCCAUGUGACUGAGCUGGAGGGUGCUGCCCACCGGCCACUGUGCUGGAUGGCACCUUGUGUGGGGCAGGUGUCUUCCUCUGCCCCCUGGCUCUUUCCCUUGAUUUCCCACCUGGGUCCCCCCUCUUCUCCAAUCUCCGUCUGCCUGUCUGUUCUAAGGUCUGAGAUGCGGCCAACACAGCCAACCAGUAACCCGUUCAUUCACCUUAAAAUUCACAGUAAAUAGCAUAAGAAUUGGGACCAGGAGUAUAGAACUUUUGGUGCAUUCAGGAUUCUUGGUGUGUUUUUUUUGGGGGGUGGGGUGGGGGGAGGUGGGAGAGUGAGAGCUGGGUGGCCUCUGAGAGUUGGGCCCACCUCUGCGAGACAGGAGCAGCGUGUGACCUAAAGGCCGGGAAGGCAAGUCCUUGGUGCAGAGUCAGGAGGAGACAAGCCCACGUUAGAACAAAACCACCUUUCCCUGCCCUCCACGGGCCCUGCCUUCCUGGGACGGUGCUUUGGCUAUGAGCCCCACACUGCAGAUUGUGGAGCAGGCAUGCCCGGUAAGGGAGACAGCCCACAAGAAUUCAAGCCCCACCGUGGGCCCUGGUGCGGGAAGUUUUCCCUGGGGGUGGGGGUGGGGUGCUAUAUGGAUGCCUAUCAAUGCAAUUUUUAGUUUUAAUUGAUUUCACUCAACAGCAGAAGUGCAUUGGGCAGGGUUGGGGUGGGGGAGUGGGGAUGGAUGGCCUCCUUGGCAAGCUUACUUUUCUGGAGUGCUUCAGGGGCAUCUCCGGCCCUGGGGUCUUUGCUGCAGCCCCUCCCCACCAUCCAUCUUUCCACAGUCUUGUCUGCAAUCCCCAAGCUGCCUUCAGACCUUGCCCUACACUCGGCUGUUGACUCAUUUGGCCGAGUCUACACUGAACUGAAGUCUGUGGACGGGAAAGGGGUUCUUGCCAGCCCCUGCCCGUCUCAUGGAGUGGCCCCACAGCACACAGGAAGGGCAUGUAUGUGAUGCCAGGGCCUGGGGAUCUCACGGGGGUGGACUUAACUGAGUGUGCCUCUCCGUCCCAGCCACCUUUGCCAAAGUCCACGUUAGUUUAAUGGGCUCCGAUGCAAGCAAUUUGCAGGCUCAACUCAGAGUCCCUGAGGUGUUUUGGACAACUACAAAGGGAUGUCCAGGGUAGACUCCGGCUCUCUCGACGGCUGUGUCAGAGGAGGCGAGAACACGGGGGGCUGAGAGCUACAGGUGUCAGGGGCAAGUCUCCACCAGCACCCCCUGCCCAGCCCCCGCCCAGCUGGAGCACCGUCCCCCCUCCCGCCACCAGCAUGGGCCUGCUGACCGCACCCCAGACCCUCUCACCAAUGUUCUGGCUUUGACUGGGAACAAGGUGGCCAAAGGGCAGCCCUGGUGGAUGGCUGUGACCGUCCCCUCCUCUCCGGCCCCCUGCCCACCCACUGGUGGAGGUGCUAACUUGCAGGGACAUGGCAUCGGAUGGGAGCUGGGUGCCAGGUGCUUGGGGUGCAGAGUCCGCCUAGCCCUGCUUGUGUUUCCUCCUCUCCACUGCAGCCAAGCAGUGGUCCCCCGUGGGUCCCGGCCCCCCUGCCCUGAGUGGCGGGACCCCCUAGGAGGAGCGGCCUCGGAUGGCCCCUCCCACGUCCUGCCCACCCGCAGGGAGCAUGGGAGAGCACGCGUGUUGGUUUCAGAUGCACUUUUCCGCUUGCAAUGCCUUGUCUGUGCGUUUCCUUCAUCCUGGUCCCAGCUUUAUUUAACGCCAUGUUUUUAGCAUGUUUUUAAAUAAAGACUGAUAACGUGUCAAAAGCGCAA